AUGUCGUCAACCCUCCUCUCAACCACCACCACCUUCGAUAAGGGCUUAGCCCCAAGCUAUCAGCCCUUCAAAGAGAAAUAUAACCUGGAGUGCCUGGUAGACGAUAUCAAACGGCAUUUGGGCGAAUCAGGCGGAAUUUCUUCCGAAGAAGUCGAUGAAGAAUAUCUGAUUUCGCUGGCACGAAAAUACAUCUCCGACCCGAGUGACUGGAUCGAGUAUUUCUACAACGAUACCAGCAAGAACUACACCCGAAAUGCUAUUGAGAACAUCAACCACAAGGCGAACAUUCUUCUUCUCGUCUGGAAUCCUGGAAAGGGCUCCCCUAUCCAUGAUCAUGCCAACGCACACUGCAUCAUGAAGGUCCUUGCGGGACAGUUACACGAGACUGUUUACCAUGCGCCUGAGACCGAUUCCAAAGAAGCCAAGCCUUUGACUAUUAAGUCGGCCAACACCUUUGGCAUGAAUGAGGUGACAUAUAUCUCUGAUGAUAUUGGUCUUCACCGAGUUCAUAACCCUCACCCCACUCAGAUCGCUGUCUCUUUACACCUUUACACGCCGCCAAAUGCAGCUGACUAUGGCUACAAUAUUUUCAAUGAAGCCACUGGGUCGGCUAGUUAUGUAUCGCAGGCCCACUCGGUUUCGAAGAAGUGA